UUUCAUGUUCCACAUAGUGUUGCUCGAAUUGUUGCAUCGAACAGUUGAAUUAAAUUAAUCGAAAAGCAGCAAAAUGAAGAUUAUCUUAUUUACGAUUUGCGUCUUGAUGGCCAUUCAUACUUGUACAAGUUUGUUGCGACCUGCAGCUUAUUAUGACAGCGUGGUAACCUGUUUCAAAAAUAUUACUUUAAACCAAACUUCAGUUUUCGAUAAGAGUUUUGGCAACUGGCAAAACAUCUUGAAAAAUAAAUUCAAUAUCAUGGUCGAUGCUUCCAUCUGCGCAUUGAAGAAAGAUGGUGCAAUCAGUCAAGAAGAUGAAAUGACUAGAAGUGACAUAACCCAAUAUUGUUCAAAAGUUUUUGUUAGAGCUGCAAAUGUACAAAGAUGUCAAAAGAUCACCAAGUAUUGCACUGAUUUAGAAUGUGGUGGUCCAGUUUGUACUUCCGAGGAAGUAAAACGAUACGUAAAGUGUGCACUAAAUAAUAAAAUAUUGUCGGUUCUCGAGUUUCCAUUAUUAUUAAUGUAAAUACAGAAUGAAGUAUAUAAAAGCAAACUGAGUAGCAUUUAUUAGAAGUAGGCAUUUGGUAUUAGAAGUGUUACGUAAUAUGGUUGACAUUUGGAAAAUGUACUAACAAAAAUAACAACAAUGCAUAAGUAGCUAAUAAAUAUAUAAAAUGAUAUAUGCAUGAAUAUUA